AUGCACCACUCCCGCCAGCCUGCCCGCGCCGUCUCCGCCGGAGUGCGCGCUCGAGCCCGUAAGUACAACACCAGCACAAGCACGAGCAGCUACUCGGCUGUCAAUCUCGACGACGAGACCUCCACUAGUGGCACUACGGCAGUCGAAGCCCCAGCAGUCGCGCAAAUGCCAGUGUAUGAACCGUCGUGGCACCGCACGGGACGCAGCUCCAUGGCUGCCGACGUGCGUAUCCCGAGCUUCCUCAUCCCGUGUUCGGCCAGUCAGCUCAUGGAUGCGCGCUACAAGUCGCGCAAGUUCUCGAGCGCGAUGGCCGCGGACACCAAGGCCAUCAGCCCCGCUGCCUGA